AGUUGCAUUUCGCCAUUAUUGCAACACGCAUUGGAAUUCUGGCAUAAGACGUUGUUUCACGUUAAAUAUAAGUGGUCGCCUUAAGCGAAAAAGAAAAAGUUAUUUUUGUUGUUUACUACAGUACCGCUUUUUAACGACUGACAGUCGUUUUGCACCAGCAGUUGUGUAAAACUAAACCUAAAUCGGAGACGUCUUGCGCUUUCCAUUUAUAUCCCAAAAUUAUUAUUUUCAUUUUGCUCUGUUUGAGAUUGAUAUCCUAAAAUGCCACCGAAGAAAAAGGAGGAACACACAGGACCGCCACCCUUGAUUGGUCGAGUUGGGACAAAUCUGAAGAUCGGAAUAGUUGGUUUGCCCAACGUUGGAAAAUCAACAUUUUUCAAUGUGCUUACAAAGAGCCAGGCACAUGCAGAAAACUUUCCAUUCUGUACAAUAGACCCUAACGAAAGUCGUGUCCCAGUACCUGAUAAACGUUGGGAUUUUCUUGUAGACCACUACAAACCGCUCAGCAAAGUUCCUGCAUUCCUCAAUGUGGUGGAUAUAGCAGGGCUUGUGAAAGGUGCCCACGAGGGAAAAGGACUCGGAAACGCUUUCCUCUCCAACAUCAGUGCCUGUGAUGCCAUAUUCCAUGUUGUUCGAUGUUUUGACGAUGAAGAAAUAGUCCAUGUUGAAGGUGACGUGAAUCCUGCUCGAGACUUGGAGAUCAUUCACGACGAACUGCGACUAAAAGAUUUAGAAUUUCUCAAAAAGCAGGUUGAGCCCGUGGAGAAGACUGCAGGGCGAAGCUCAGACAAGAAGAAAAAAUAUGAAUAUGACACACUGGUGAAAGUUAACAAUCUUUUAACAGAUCAGAAAUUGUGGGUCAGACACGGAGUAUGGGACACAAAAGAAAUAGAAAUUCUAAACACCUGUUUAUUUUUAACUGCAAAACCUGUUAUAUACUUGGUGAAUUUAUCUGAGAAAGACUACCUCAGGAAGAAAAAUAAACGGUUGCUAGGAAUCAAAGAGUGGAUUGACAAGAACGAUCCCGGCGCCCUGGUCAUUCUGUUCAGCGGAGCCCUUGAGCUGAAACUCACAGACAUGGCUACGGAUGAUGAGAAAGCUGCCUAUCUCAAAGAAAUAAACUCUACAAGUGCUCUAGAAAAAAUUAUUGUCAAUGGUUACAAGGCUUUGAACUUAAUUUAUUUCUUCACCACUGGCAAAGAUGAGGUGAAAGCGUGGACAAUAAUGAAAGGAAUGAAAGCCCCUCAGGCUGCUGGCAAGAUCCACACAGACUUUGAGAAGGGCUUUAUCAUGGCAGAAGUGAUGUCGUACGCAGACUUCGAAGAGUACGGUACAGAAGUCGCUUGCAAGGCAGCAGGGAAGUACAAACAGAAGGGACGAGAUUAUGUGGUGGAGGACGGGGACAUUAUUCUCUUUAAGUUCAACGCUGGGGCCGGGCUGUCGGGGAAGAAGAAGUGAAAAUAAGAA